AUGGCGGAAAACGACAGUGCGAUCCAUUUGAGGUCGCUUUCAAGGCCUACAACGGGCUCAGAUCCGGAGCGAAGCACCCAAGACGAGACGUCGAGGCACUCCUCUCGUCAUCUACCCGAUGAUUUGACUUCAGAGAAUGACCAGCAUGCUGAUCUCCCAGCAUACUCGCGGGCACCCCCACGAAAUCAGUCACUAGGACUCGGUUACAGCACAACCCUCCAUCGCUCUGGUUUCAUUGCGUUCCUCACAUUUCUCUUUGCGGCCCUAGCUGUUUAUUCUUGGGUUAUCCUUGCCAUUCUCUCAUUUCGCCCUAUCAGCACUCGCUCGUGGAAAGAAAAUACCGGCAUUACACAGAGAUAUGACCAGCAUUUUAAUUGGGGUCUCGAUGCCAGGCUAUAUCGCUCGGCCAGAGUGAUUCAGUCAAUUCUCAGUGUGAUCAUUUUGCCAUGGACAUCGGCUGUAUGUGCCCACGCUGCGGUUACCUUCAUGCAGAAUCAAAAGGAUAGCAUGGGCUUGACUAUGCGACAAGUCAUGGCUCUUGCAGAUCGCCGAUGGCUGGAUUUUUCAUUGUUGUCUGAUGUGAUCAGUGGUACUUGGAAACGAAAUGGAAGCCAUCUUCUACUUCUAGCAAUAACCCUUCACUUCCUUGGGGCCAUAAUCUACCCGAUUCAGUCUAUUGUUGUCAACCCCAAGACUAUCCACGUGCCGAUUUCCACCAAUGACAUGGGCUCGGUCGGUGACCUUGUCAAGCAGUCAUCUUACUACGAUUCUACCGCUGGCAGUGACGUUGUCAGGACUCGCGCCGCCUUUCUCAAUGCGGACUUGCAUACAUUCCAGCCACAGCUGUGGCAAAGAAUCCCAGGCCAACAACUAUCAAAUUUCCAGAAUUUCUCUGCAUUGACUGAUCCGUUCUACGCCCCUGUACCUAACGGUUUCCAUACUGGCGUUCUGCAGCAGUUCGCCAUGCGCAUCAAUUCGAGUGCCACUUCCAGAUCCAUACAAGCUGACGAGUUCCCGUCUGGGUGUAACCCGGAAUCUUCCGGAUUUUUCGCCAAUUAUUCAUCCCUUAUUGGGAACCAAUUCGGCAACGAAAUCUGGGCUAUUACCGCUUGUAUGCCUAACGUUACGACGAAGUCGCCCUGGGCACAAACCCGGAACCAUCAAGAAUUCUUCGAAUCCCUCUAUCUCAAUAUCUCUGUCCAAGAUCCAACCCCUGGUUCAGAUCAGAUACCUGGUAGCGGCGCAUUGUAUGAGAUCAAUCUUCGGACGACGGCAGGUUAUUUUGAGCUGCCCAAUUUCAUGAACAAUGGCACACCUGGAGCUUUGCUCGAAAGUGACCCGACUUCCACUUGUGAUACGACGUGUAUGCAACAGAUCAACUCUUAUGCAUAUCACAACCGCGUUCGUCGUGAUGAUACCAACGAGACCAUCAUUGGAAAUGCAACAAACUACAUCUCUCAAAAUGUUCCGUGGUCGUCACUGUAUAUCGGCAAUAAAGGGCCUCUCCUAACCACGGCACUCGCCCUCUUUGGACCAGGUUCCUUCCUGGACACCUUUUUUGCUUCGCUGAACGUUAUCCAAAGCAGCCUACAGGAUGAGGAUAUUGAUUAUAGCUACAGUGAGACCGUUUGCGUUGAACUUGCGCCUCUGAUGAACCUGUUCUACUCCAGUCGGGCGUAUUUCUCACCACAAGAUACUUGUGUAUCGAUUUACACCAAUACCGACUCAUACUACUACAACAAUGCCCACUAUUUUGUUGCAAAUUGGCUCUAUCUCAUGUAUAGGUCGGCAGGGAAUUUUCCAAAUAUUUUCACUACCGCCGCUUUCCUUUCGAACAAGCAGUGGGUCGAAUCAAUGCAGCCGACCUUCGCAAUUUACCAGGAUCCUGGGCUUGAGAUGGAAAUUCCCGACAUCAGUUUGGCCGGUGUGAUCGUGGUCAGCAUUUUCCUGGGGCCAUAUCUCGUGCUCUUACUUGCACUUGCCUGGUAUGGAAGUCGGGCUCCGCGAUGGACACAUCGACUCGACUCAUUUGCCAUGCUUCGUAUCGGCGCCGCAGUUGGCGAGGGGAUCUUCCCGAUGCUUAUAACGCAUAAGACAGAAGAUAUCAAAGAGCUGGACGAAAUUCCUGGUGUGAUUAGGGAUGUGGGUCCUGUUGCGGAAAAUGCGCUCAUUCCGAUCAACCGAAUUGGCCUUUGGGGUGGGAAGCCGUUGCAGAAUCUCCGAAGAUAUGAGUGCUAUGAAGCCGACAAUGAGGCUAUGACUCUCACGGAGGCCAAUCAGAUACGGCGUGGUGGUGUUAGUCGCACAUAG